GCGCCAGAUGAGCUGUGGCGGCAGCGAUUCGCACAGAUCGAGGAAGAAAGAUCGAGGCUCACCCACUUCAGCUUGCAUUCCGUUCAUAACCCCUAGUUUAAAGAAAAUCGAUUUCUCAUUUUCUUUUUUUAACCAUUUAUAAAGAACAAAGAUAGAAAGGUCUGCUUACUAUCUCUAGGGUGACAGAAGCAAGGAAAAGAGCCCAAAACCAUACCCCCCCAUUUCUUUUUUGUUUGUUUCUCAUCCGGCAAGAAAACGGAGGCCGUAGGGCUGGAGUGUGUUCUUAUGGCCGAGUCAGAGACUGAAUGUGACACGCCCGGGCUUGACACGCUUGGGUCGGAGUGUGUCAUAGCCCAUAGCCAUGUCGACCUUCACUAUGGAGCUGAAACUGAGAUCAUGACAGAGGAAAAGCGUGGGUUGGAGCUGGAGAUCCAUGGCUCAGACCUAAAGAUUCAGGGGCUGGGAACAGAACUCGGUGCUGUGGCUUGUGUUGAUGCAAUUGUAGCGGAGACUGACCAUGAUUAUAUUAAAGUGGAACAUAGUGAUAUUCACUGUUUCACGGCAGCAGAAAUCAAGCAGUCAGGAACCGAGACUCUUCUGGGAGAGGUGCUGCUUAGGACAGAAGGCGAGCAUGUUGUUAAAAUGGAGUCUGAUCACGGCGGGGAGCUAACAAUUGAGUCUGAGAAUGGUGUAAUCAUACACGAAGCACAUGGCCUACAGUGCAACGAGUGUGGUGAGAUUUUUGGCAGCAUAGCUGAUCUUCACCAACACUUUGAGAUCCACAAAGACCUCAAUCCUUACAUUUGUAUUCACUGUGGUGAGAGUUUUGCUGUAGAGGCCAGCCUUAAGCAGCACAUGAAAAUUCACAUGAAAGAAAAACCCUAUGCUCCCCCUGGGGUAGAAAUCAUGGGCAAAGAUGUCAUUGAGGCCUACAGCCUCAAGUCCCAUCAGAUGAUUAAUUUGCCAGACAAACCGCACAGAUGCUCGGAGUGCGGAAAGAGCUUCGCCGCAGCCAUUACACUGAGAGAACACAUGAAGAUGCAUUCUGAAGACAAGCCGUACAAAUGCACCCAAUGCAGGAAGAGCUUUGUCCGCAGAAGGCAUUUGAAGAAGCACCAAGAGGUCCAUGCACGUGAAAAGCCAUAUACAUGCGGCCAGUGUGGCAAAGGCUUUGCUACAACUUCCAACCUGAAGCAGCACCAGAAGACCCAUGCCACUAUUGUUCUAGGAGAGAAACCCCACCAGUGCAUUCAGUGUGGGAAGUGUUUUGCUACUGCUGCCACUCUCAGAGAGCACCAGAGGAUCCACUCGAGUGAAAAGCCAUACAAAUGCAAUAUGUGCAGAAAGAGUUUUGUCCGCAAGCGCCAUCUAAAGAAGCAUCAGCAAGUCCACGCUGGAGGCAAACCCUACACCUGCAGACAUUGCAACAAGGGCUUCAACCACUCCUCGUCUCUGUCGCGCCAUAACAAGACCCACCUGCAGAAUCCGGUGUUUUCUCAACCCCAGCCCGGAAAAACCUUGUCUUACGGCACUCCCCAAAAGCAGAGAGUACAUCAGGAAGGAGAGAAACCUUACAUGUGCAACCACUGCGAGAAGGGGUUCAAUCAUUCCUCUUCAUUGUCACGGCACCAACGAGUCCACUCGGAUGGAAACAGAUGGACUUACACCUGUGGUCACUGUGGUAAAAGAUUCAAUCAAUCUUCGUCUCUUGUAAGGCACCAGAGAAUUCACUUGGAGAAUAAACCACAGCAGCCACAACUACCACAGCCAACCCCACAGACACCACCACAGCAGUACAGUCCCAUCCCUAUCCCGUCACCAAAGGUUUUCCCUAACAAUGCCUUCCCAAAGCAGCAUAUCCUUUCUGUCGAAAAACCAUACAGGUGCUCUCAGUGUGGAAAAGGCUUUAACCAUUCAUCUUCUCUCUCCAGGCAUCAUAGGAUUCAUGUACCGGUAGAAGAUCAGUGAGCAGUCACCCCCCCCCCCCCCUCGCCGUGCAACAUCCCUAAUGCCCGAACUUGUUUGUUUUGCAGAUCAUUUUUUUCAUCUGCAUCACCAGAACGUAAAAUGUCAGGCCGACCUACUGACAAGAGGUCAUGUCGGCGCUUUAUUUGAGUCUAAUUGACAGUAAUGCAGAAGUCUUCAAAAGGAAAAGUCCAACCCUGUAAUGAACUUAGUGAAAUACGUUUAAGAACAGAACCUAGAGCUUUAUGCUCAGUUUCAACAAAGUUCAGUUGCAUAUUGUGAAGGAAUCGAUUCUUGUCAUUCAAAUUCAGGACCUCCAGAACUCUUUUAAAGAUAUACACGAUAAAAUUGUAACUUGGUAAAUAUGCUUCAUCCUGUUUUUUGAUAAAAUAAUUCUGUUAAUCUCAGUGGUGUUUAUUUUUGCUUUACAUCUCCUCACUAUUCAAGUCUACAUAAAGUUUGGACAAGAACUUUGUCUUCAGUUUGAAUAUUUAUUUCCACUUACAUAGCCCACGUGAAACCAAUAUCAAAAAUCCAAUGUAAAUACUUGAUUUUCUUUAUAUAUACAUAUAUAUAAAUAAAUAGGUGACUAGUGUGCUGUUCCAAAAGAUGACAUUUUUGAUAGUAAGAUUCACUUCGUCUUCACUUUAUUUUGCCCUUUUCACUAUUUUGUUCCAGGUGUUGGAGGUGAGAAGAAUCAAAACAAAAUGAUUGCAGAUUGUUUUUCAAAACUGGUCUCCAUAAUCCACGAGCCGACUUGUAUAUUUAUGAGGUUGGAUUUUGUACGUCCACGAUUUCUCACAGUUCUGAGUUGUACAGAGCGAUUCCGGCUGAUACCCUGACUCUAAUGACAUGCAACUUAGCCAUUAGUCGACGUCUGUUAGAAAAUAAAAACCUUCUUGAUAGCAUAUUACAACAUGAACCGUGUCCUAAUUAUUUACCACAUUGUUUCAGCUACACUCAAGUUCCAAAUGUACAUGAUAUACUUUAUUGCUUUAGAGACUAAUUGUGUAUAGAAUAUUGGUAACCCUUGUUCGUCUGCAGACUUAUCACCAUUUGAUCCAAAAUAAGAACAAGGCUGUGUAUAUUAAGGCUACAACAGAAAAUACUUUUCCAGGAUUUUUCCCAGGUCUGACAGAUUGCGCUCUUAUUUACUGUUUUGUGUAAAAUAUCUUUUACAAACUAAUGUAUUUUUUUAAACAUGGCUUGGGUUAUAUGAAAGGGAAUGCGACUGUUUUAUGAGAGUGAGCAAUAUUUUCGUUUUGUUUGGAAAACAGUUGCGUGUCCGACUGUAGCAUAGUUCUCUUCCCUGUUAGAUAGGUGCCUUACUGCAUGCGAAGUAGAAAUGUAUGCUGAGUUAUUUGAGAAAAGUUCAUUCGUUCAACCUUUUAUUUAGACAGGUUAAUCCCGUUGAGCCUCGAGGCCUCAUUUACAAGAGAGACCUGAUUAAAGUUAGGGUUUUCAGGAGAUUUUAGUUAUGUUAAUUUACCCAACCUUUUAAUUUUGUCACUCAUAAGUUUGCUUUUAUUGCUUUAAUGUAUAUUCCCAUGUGUUUACACUGUUACAACUGUUUUUUCCCCACCCCCCCUUUUUUUUUUGUUAAUAGCCUCAUUGUAGAGAAAAAAUGUAAA